UGACUGUAUCGUCCAGAUCCACUCGCUAACGACCAGAAAUGGGUUCAAGGCGAUCCUUAUCAAAUCGUGGUUUCAUUUGGACAAGUAUGGGAGUAACACAAGUUUUGAUAUGCUUUUUUAUAGUGACCACCUUGGUUUCCCUACCCGUGACUAGUUACACACACGAUCUUUACCGUCGGAGGCCUCAUCAUGGAUGCGAUUGUUCUCAUUCCUGUCCCGCGCGAUUUACCUGUCCCGGCGAGGGGUGUAAUUGUGUGCCGAACUCGUACUGUGAUGACGUCAAUUUGUUCUGUGAUCAAAUGCAUUGUGACGUAGGUCAAGUCGGAACCUGUAUAUCAAACAAGUGCACAUGCGUACAGAAAGAUUACUGCAACAACUGUUACGCCGCAUGCAGAGGCCACCCAUUUACCUGUGGGGCUCAUAACCACUGUCACUGUCACAAUCCGGACACAUGUGACUCCCAUAGUGGACCCGUGUGUUUGUCCAGUGAAUGCGGCGGAACUAGGAAGUGCGUGGAAUCCAAAUGUCACUGCGAGUAUCACUGUUCUGGUGUUGACGACUGUCGAAACUUUCCGUGCAAGUUCGGUACUCCAGAAUGUGCUGAUAAAAUGUGUUCGUGCAACGACCCUUGUCACAAAUGCGCAUCGGAAUGUCACGACAAAUAUACAUGCGUCGAGGGCCAUCACCAUCACGUGACUUGCACGUGUCACAGCAAUACUUACUGUGACCACAAUGUUCACUGUACAGAAAAAUGUCCUUAUGGUGGACAAAAUCUUUGUCUAGGAAACACAUGCACCUGCCAUUGUCAACACGAUUCUGAAUGUAAUGGGUGUCCCGACAUAGGUGUUUGUCAUCAAAACCAAUGCCGGUGCACAGUUUCAACUACGACCACCACAACAACGACAACUACAACUACCACACCCCGUCCAACCACCACCGCCACCACCGCCCCCGCUACCACCACCACCACAACAGCAGCAACAACAACAACAGCCCCACAAACUUCAACACCAAGCGGCGUAGCUUGUACAACGACCAGCGAUUGCAAGAACUCAAAUUACACUGUAAGCUGGAAUCCGUUCGAGUUUGUUAUAUGCGAGAACCCAAUAUGGCGUACUUGCACGGCUGGAUAUUGUGUGUGCGACAAAACUUUGACAACCGCAGAAGUAGACACAGGCAACUCUUUGACUUCUCCAUCAGUUAGCUCGCAAGGUGUGAACUGCCCUACCUGUGAUUCGACUGGGGCCUGUACAUGGAGCAGGUGUCCCGAAUCGGAAGUCUGUAUGUUACGUUCUCCCAAUGGAAAACUGACGACCCACUGUAGUAUUAAAGCUGACUGUGUCCUAAUCCAAGGACUUCUUACUAGUGAGAAUAUCCAAUGUUGCGAAGACGCGGGUUGUGUCAAUGGCUAUUUUGGAGGUUAAACGUAUACAAUCACCUUAUUUGUUUUGUCACCAGAAAAGGAAUAAAAAAAAUCUAAAUUGUA